UGUGAGUGUGUGUGUCAGUGUGUGUAUGUGUGAAUGUGUGUGUGUGCGCGCGCACGGAGGUUAAGCGGAGUGUCUGCUCGGUCUAUGCGGGCAGAGGAGUCGCUGUAGACGGAUCGAGCGGAGCCACUUUAGCUGCUGAGCAUCUCCACCGAGGCCCCGACUCACCGAGCACCACCACCCACCCAGCAGCACUUCGUUAGCGGACACAUCUCCAGGAACCAUGCCCGAGAGGAGGCCCUUCGUGCGGUUACCGACUGACGUCUACCCCGUCAACUACGGCUUGUGCCUGAAGCCCGACCUGAUCGACUUCACGUUCGAGGGGCGGCUGGAGGCGCUGGUGGAGGUUACACAAGCCACAAAUCAGAUUGUGAUGAACUGUGCUGACAUCGACAUCAUCACAGCUUCCUUUGUGCCUCAGGGAGGAGACGAAAUUAACGCGACGGGAUUCAACUAUCAAAACGAGGAUGAGAAAGUCACCUUAUCGUUUCCUAGCGCUCUACAGAAAGGCUCCGGCAUGUUGAAGAUCGACUACGUUGGGGAGCUGAAUGACAAGAUGAAAGGAUUCUAUAGAAGUAAAUAUACGACCCCUGCAGGAGACGCCCGCUACGCUGCUGUCACACAGUUUGAGGCUACGGACGCUCGCAGAGCUUUCCCCUGCUGGGACGAGCCAGCGAUCAAAGCCACCUUCGACAUCACUCUGAUAGUUCCCAAGGAGCGAGUAGCCUUGUCAAACAUGAAUGUCAUCGAUCGAAAGCCAUAUCCAGAGGAUGAGAACCUGGUGGAGGUGAAGUUUGCCACCACCCCCAUCAUGUCCACGUACCUUGUAGCUUUUGUGAUCGGCGAGUACGACUUUGUGGAGAGCCAAUCAUCAGACGGUAUCACGGUACGCGUCUACACCCCCCUGGGGAAGGCGGAGCAAGGGAAAUUUGCGAUGGAGGUGGCGACUAAGACCUUACCUUUCUACAAAGACUACUUCAAUGUUCCUUAUCCGUUGCCUAAAAUUGAUCUCAUUGCUAUUGCUGAUUUUGCUGCUGGUGCCAUGGAAAACUGGGGCCUUGUUACCUACAGGGAGACGGCGCUGCUCAUCGACCCGAAGAACUCCUGCUCGUCCUCCAGGCAGUGGGUGGCGCUGGUGGUCGGACACGAACUCGCCCACCAGUGGUUUGGCAACCUGGUCACCAUGGAAUGGUGGACCCAUCUGUGGUUGAAUGAAGGAUUUGCGUCCUGGAUCGAGUAUCUGUGUGUGGACCACUGCUUCCCAGAAUACGACAUCUGGACCCAGUUCGUCUCAGCUGAUUACACUCGCGCUCUGGAUCUGGACGCACUGGACAGCAGCCAUCCCAUAGAGGUGAACGUGGGUCAUCCGUCGGAGGUGGAUGAAAUAUUCGACGCCAUCUCCUACAGCAAAGGAGCGUCUGUGAUCCGCAUGCUGCACAACUACACUGGAGAUGAGGAUUUUAGAAAAGGAAUGAACGCUUAUCUUUUGAAGUUCCAACAUAAAAAUGCAUCGACAGAGGACCUAUGGGACUGUCUGGAACAGGCCAGUGGGAAACCCAUCGCUGCAGUGAUGAGCUCGUGGACCAAGCAGAUGGGUUUCCCUAUCAUUGAAGUGGAACAGGAACAGCAAGGCGACGACCGCAUCCUCAAGUUGUCUCAGAAGAAGUUCUGUGCCAGUGGACCACAUACCGGUGAGGACUGCCCCAGCUGGAUGGUUCCCAUUAGCAUCUGUACCAGCGAGGACCCGAUGUGCACCAAGCUCAAGGUUCUGCUGGACAGACCCGAGACCACUGUCACAGUGAGCGGCGUCGCUCCAGACCAGUGGCUCAAGAUCAAUCCCGGCACCGUGGGCUUCUAUCGCAUCCAGUACAGCUCGUCCAUGCUGGAGAGUCUGCUGCCGGGCAUCCGAGACCUCAGCCUGCAGCCCGUGGACCGGCUGGGCCUGCAGAACGACCUCUUCUCCCUGUCGCGUGCCGGGAUGAUCAGCACAGUCCAGGUGCUGACGCUGAUGGAAGCGUUCGUCAACGAGCCGAACUACACGGUGUGGAGCGACCUCAGCUGCAACCUGGGAGUUCUGUCCUCGCUGCUGUCACACACCGACUUCCACGAGGACAUCCAGGAGUUCAUCCGGGACCUCUUCACCCCCAUCGGCCUCGAGCUCGGCUGGGACAGCAAGCCAGGAGAAGGUCACCUGGGUGCCCUGUUGAGAGGUCUGGUUCUGGGGAAGCUGGGAAAGGCGGGACACAAACCCACACUGGAGGAGGCCAGGCGGAGAUUCAAGGACCACGUGGAGGGAAAGCCGGUCCUGCCUGCAGACCUCAGGAGCCCAGUGUACCUGACAGUGCUGAAGCACGGAGACAGUGCCACGCUGGACACCAUGCUGAAGCUCCACAAACAGGCCGACAUGCAGGAGGAGAAGAAUCGCAUCGAGCGAGUGCUGGGCGCCAUCUCAGCCCCCGACCUCAUUCAGAAAGUCCUCAGCUUCGCCCUCUCGGAAGAGGUUCGUCCCCAGGACACGGUGUCCGUGAUCGGUGGCGUCGCAGGAAGCAGUAAACAAGGCCGGAAAGCUGCCUGGAAGUUUGUCAAGGACAACUGGGAGGAGCUUUACAACCGCUACCAGGGCGGCUUCCUCAUAUCACGACUCAUCAAGCUCACGGUCGACGGCUUCGCUAUCGACAAGAUGGCUGCUGAAGUGAAGAGUUUCUUUGAGAGUCACCCGGCGCCGGCGGCUGAGCGCACAGUGCAGCAGUGCUGCGAGAACAUCCUCCUCAACGCCGCCUGGCUGAAGCGCGAUGCAGACGACAUCCAACAGUAUCUACUGCAGCGCAAAGCGCCCCCCCCCGUCUGAGCCUCUCCGUCG